UGUUCUCACUAACAGCUCGAGACUCACAGCAGCUGCGCGCGACUCAAACUCCCGUCAGCCUUCAGGAGCCUCAGAUGACAUCAUGAGUUGCCGUGGUGAUGUGGGCGGGGUCUUCAGCGAGGACGCGCCUCGUCCACCAGUGCCGGGUGAGGAGGGCAGUGAGGGCGGGGUCUACAGCAAUAAGACUGCAUCUCAUUGGUCGGAGGCUCCAGUGGCUGCAGUGCGCCGCUCUGAUGCAAAUCUGGGGUUCGAGCCCGAGGGCAGCGUGUCACCGGACGGGCCGUACGAGCCCUGGGCCGAGACGCUGCUCACGCUGCUGGAAGACCGUGACGGCACGGCUCUGUUCCUGCGCUUCCUGCGGACGCUGGGCUGCGCAGCACUGCUGGAGUUCUGGUUCGCCUGCAGUGGAUUUCAGAAGGUUCCCGAGGAUGCGAUGGAGCGGCGGCUCAAACUGGCCAAAGCCAUGUACCGCUGCUAUCUGUGUGACGGAGUCGUGUCCCGCAGGAUCACAGCCGAGACCAGGUGCGGCAUACGGGACGGCAUUCAGCAGCUGCGGCUAGACUCCGCCCUGUUUGUGCAGGCGCAUGCGCAGGUGCAGGCGGUGUUACAGGACAGUCUGUUCCCGCUGUUCCUCCGGUCAGAAGUGUAUCUGAAACACACUCAGACUGCUGACCCGUCACCAGAAACACGGUUUUCAGGAUACCAGACCACGGCCUCUCAGGGGGAGGAGUCUGAGAAAGAGACCCUCCCUCCUCACAACACAGCCAAUCAGAAGCGUCCAGGCAAUAAGGAGUGCAGGCAGCGGCGUCACGCAUGUCAUCGACACCACCGAACACGAGAGAGAGACACGAGACACACACACCUGCCACACACACCGGGGAAGAUGACGCCACACACCUUUGCAGCUGAACUGAUGAGACGAUUGCAGGAGCUGCAGACACAAACACAAACUCAAAGCCCUCCAGCGCUGAGACACACAGAAGAAGAAACAGACACUAGUGCCACUACUGCAUUUGCAUCGUGCCAUUCGCUUAAGAUGCUGGACAGUGAUUGUGAUACGCAGCGUGAAAUCAGCACACGGCCAGACACACGUGACGUUACCGUGAAGAGCAUCGUGACGAGUCCUGCACACACACACCAGUGUGUGACGGUGGUGUAUUGUUAUGAUGGAGACGUGAUCCCGUACCGGUCGUGUGUUCAGGGUGUCUCCGUGGUGACUCUCGGUCUCUUCAGGUCUCUGCUGACGCGCAGGGGGCCGUUCAGGUUCUUCUUCAAGAGAGCGAGCGCUGAGUUCGCCUGCGGAGCGGUUUACGAGGAGAUACGAGAGGACGAGGCCGUCCUGCCCACGUUUGACCAGAAAAUCAUCGCCAGAGUGGAGAGAAUAACCCAGUGAACCAACACUUUAUAACAACGAUUGCAAACAUCUGAACUCAAGCAUUGUUCUGAACAAAGUCUGUCUGUUUUAUUUAAAUAUGAGGUUGAGUUUAGUGAAGAUUUUACAGUGUGCUGCUUUUGAAUAAACAGUCAUUCAUUUGUGAGCUUUGAUGAUAGUUUCUUCACAAUAUCACCCCACAGUCAUAUCACAGUAUUAUCCACAACUGUUUCAUAAAUAAAGAGAAAGAAACCCUUUGAAACACACUUAUUAUGAUAUUUGAGCCCAA